AUGGGUUCUUCCCCUCUAAUCUGCCUCGCCGGCUUCCCAAAUCCAGUCUCGAGAUUUUUAUUUCACCGUGGGAGUAAAUAUACAUUUGGGGUUAGGGUUUUCAUCGUUUCUGAGAGAUUUAGGGAAAAAAUUUCGUUCAACGAGCCCAAACUACUAUCAAUUGAAGUUUCCAGAGAAUGGCAUUUUCUGAUGAUUUGGACAUGUGAAAAGCUUCAGCAAUCAGGUUUCAAAGGUGUAUCUUUGGGUGGCAAUGCCGCGGCACAAGCUACUCUUUUACUGGGAAUGUUCUGUUCUGAUGGUUACACCCUGGUGGAGGACAAUGGCGCCUUGAAACGUCGAUGGAGAGAUCUAUGNGUACUGCAGCUAGAGGUUAGCUUGUCAAUUUAUUCCGAGUCAUUGUGA